AUGCUCCGGCGACUGGACCCGUUCCUGAUGCUGGACGAGUUCCACGUGGCGAUAUCGGGGGGAUUCCCCGACCACUCCCACCACGGGUUUGAAACGAUCACGUACUUGCUUCCGCACUCGCCUGGGAUAAUUCUGCUCGAAUACUUUUGUGGGCACAAGGGCGAGCUGGCGCCGGGGGACCUGCAGUGGUUAUGCCCCGGGCGAGGCAUCGUCCAUGCCGAGAUGCCGGCGAGCCGCGACGCCCCCGCCAUCGGGCUCCAGCUGUGGCUUAACUUGCCUGCUCGGUUGAAGAUGACCGACCCCAAGUACCAAGAGAUCCCCGCGUCGGGCUUGCCACGGGCCAAGGACGGCAACGUGGAACAACCUGUUGAAAUUCUCAAAGUGCUCCAUAAAAUGUCAUUGGCUGACGUAUCGACCAAUCACAUCAUUGUCGGAUGA